CACGCUUCUUCUUUUUCCAUUUCAGAAAAGAGAACACAAAUGAAGAAGACGAUCCGUCAAUCCCUACCCUAAAUCCUAAUCUCAUCUCUCAACUAUUUGGGACAAAACCCUAUUCUCUCAACCCUAGCGGCGACGACGGCACUGUGGCAGGCGAGAAGCGAGACCUGAGAGUCCGGAGUCGAGAACCGAGACUGCGAGACCUUCGAGACGGCCGACGGGCGGCGGCUGUGAGGAAGCGAGUGUGCGAGCCGCCGAGCGGUGAGCGGUGAGGCAGCGGCUCAGAGAGUGACUCCGAGCGGUGUGGCAGCUUCCAUUCCGAUAGGAAACAUGAGUACCCGGAAGAAGACCCCAUUUCAGAAGCAUAGAGAAGAGGAAGAGGCGAAGAAAAAGAGGGCCGAGGAUGAAACUGCUCGGUUGUAUCAAGAAUUUGUAGAAUCAUUUCAAGCGGAUAAUACCCCAGGGUCGAAGGCUUUUGUCAGAGGUGGAAUGAUAAAUCCUAAUGAGAAGCUGAAAAAUGACUCCGAAGGUGGAAAUUCCAAAGAUGAGGGUUCUGGUUUAAAGAAAGGGAGUAGGAGUAAACAGCAUAGAGAGAGACAUCGUGGUGCAAGUUUUGAUGAAGAGCGUGCUUUAUGAAUCUGUGUCAUGGCGAAGUGUGUGGAUGUGUGUCAGUUUUACUUAUAUUGGUGAAGAAUAAAGUCAGCUAGUUUUUAAUAAUAAAGUAAAAUAAACAGAGAGAUUGUGUUUCUAUGUGUAGUAAUCCAUAUAUAGGGAUAUGUUGGCCCUCGAUAUAUGUACUUCCUGUGGAAACCAUUGGAUGCAGACCACCUUCAAGGCUUCUAACCUAUUGAAGCCUAGCAUGAGUCCUUUUGCAUAUUCGCAGGACUUACGGCUCAAACUUCUGUUCCUGCCUUAUGAUUCAAACUUCCUCCAUGACGAUCCCUGAGCUGGAGAAUAACUAAUUCAUUCUUGGCCUGAUUUAGGUUUUGGAUGGAUGUUUUGAAGGUAUGUACCAUCUUUCAUCCCACCUCCGAUGGCAACAAAGGGUAAAGAAUAUGAAAAGAAAAAAGAGGAGAAGCCAAAGGAGAGAGAAAAGGGGAAGUCGAGGAAUAUUGAUCAUUUUAUGGAGGAGCUGAAGCAAGAACAAGAGAUGAGGGAGAGGCGGAAUCAAGAGCGUGAAGGUUGGCGUGAUAUGCGUCAUGGUGAUAGUUCUACGCCAUCCAGCCGUUUUGAUGAGCUACCAGAUGAAUUUGAUCCAAUGGGAAGACCUGGAUCGUUUGAUGAUGGAGAUCCACAAACCACAAAUCUUUAUGUGGGAAACUUAUCACCUCAGGUUGAUGAGAAUUUCCUUUUACGGACAUUUGGAAGGUUUGGGCCUAUUGCUAGUGUUAAAAUUAUGUGGCCUAGAACGGAAGAGGAAAAGAGACGGCAAAGGAAUUGUGGGUUUGUUGCUUUCAUGAAUCGACUUGAUGCUCAAGCUGCAAAGGAUGAAAUGCAAGGUGUGGUGGUCUAUGAAUAUGAGUUGAAGAUUGGGUGGGGUAAGUCGGUUUCCCUUCCUUCACAGGCACUUCCUGCUCCACCCCCUGGACAGAUGGCCAUCAGGAGCAAGGAGGGCGCGACUGUCAUUUUGUCUGGCCCUUCUGGUCCCCCAGUAACCAGCGUCCCAAGCCAGAACUCAGAGUUGGUACUUACCCCAAAUGUUCCCGAUAUUACUGUGGUUCUUCCCGAUGAUGGCCAUCUUCAGCAUGUUAUUGACACAAUGGCUCUCUAUGUUCUUGACGGCGGCUGUGCUUUUGAACAAGCAAUAAUGGAGCGGGGCCGUGGGAAUCCUUUGUUCAAUUUCUUGUUUGAGCUUGGCUCAAGGGAACACACUUACUAUGUUUGGAGGCUAUAUUCAUUUGCUCAGGGUGAUACUCUUCAGAGAUGGCGAACGGAGCCUUUCAUCAUGAUCACUGGCAGUGGAAGAUGGAUACCACCUCCUCUACCAAUAGCCAAAGGUCCAGAUCAUGAGAAGGAAGCUGUGAGCACUUAUGCUGCGGGGAAAAGCAAACGUGUGGAGGUUGAACGAACUCUAACAGAUGCCCAAAGAGACGAGUUUGAGGAUAUGUUACGUGCGUUAACCUUAGAAAGGAGCCAGAUCAAAGAAGCCAUGGGGUUUGCCCUGGAUAAUGCAGAUGCUGCGGGAGAGGUUGUUGAAGUGUUGACUGAGUCACUGACCCUAAAAGAAACCCCGAUCCCUACCAAAGUUGCUCGACUGAUGCUUGUCUCGGACAUCCUUCACAACAGCAGUGCCCCCGUCAAGAAUGCAUCCGCCUAUCGUACCAAAUUCGAGGCUACUCUUCCCGACAUAAUCGAAAGCUUCAACGACUUGUACCGUAGCGUAACCGGACGAAUCACUGCCGAAGCCUUGAAGGAACGUGUCCUAAAAGUUCUCCAAGUAUGGGCCGACUGGUUCCUCUUCUCAGACGCAUACGUAAACGGCAUGCGGGCCACCUUCCUCCGCCCGAGCACCUCUGGUGUCGUCCCCUUCCAUUCUAUAUGUGGCGACACUCCCGACCUCCAUCUCAAACCCGGUUCAUCCGAUCUCCCCCCUGGUCAAAAAGUCAACCCAGACGCUGCCCUGGCCAUCGGCAGAGGCGCCGCCAUGCAGGAGCUGCUCAAUUUACCCCUAACCGAGCUCGAGAGGCGUUGCCGCCACAACGGGCUGUCCCUAGUCGGUGGACGGGAGGUGAUGGUGGCCCGGCUGCUCUACUUGGAAGAGGCCGAGAAGCAGAGGGGUUUCGGGCUUGACGAUGAGCUGAGGCCCGUGACCCGAACCUUAACAGGCUCUAAGGAGGUCGGUUUCGAGGCGGAUUCGGGAAGGGAUGUCGAUGUGGGGAGAGUUGCUGCUGUGUUCUCGAGCCCGCCGCCGGAUGUUUCCGGAAGAAGCAGUGUCGAUGAUGGGAACGGGAAAAACGAGCCGAUUCUCCCGGCGUCCAAGUGGGCCCGGGAGGACAACGGGAGUGAGGGGGAGAAUGAUGAUGGGAGCCCAAGGGAGUUGGGGUUGGGGUUGACUUAUUCGUCUUCGGGCAGCGAGAAUGCAGGUGGUGGUGGUGGCGGUGUUUACAAGAGUGAGGAGGUGGUGGAGCUCAGUGUUGAGGGAGGUAAUUCUGGGCAUGGCGAUGGGGGAAUGAAUGAGGAGCAGAGGUAAUUAAUGAGGCGCCUGGAGGUGGCUUUGAUGGAAUACCGUGAAUCUCUUGAAGAACGAGGGAUUAAAAGUUUGGAGGAAAUCGAGAGAAAGGUUGGCAUCCAUAGGAGUCGGUUGCAAACUGAGUAUGGUUUACUUGUUUCCAACGCAAAUGCCUCUGGCCGAAAGCCCUCAUCCUCUGAGAGGCGGGACCCACAUGACGACCCGAACGAACACCAGAAAAAGCGCCGCCGCAGCCGAAGCAGGAGUGGAAGCCCUCACCGGAAAUUAGCAGCCCGAGAGAGGGAGAGAGAAAUUGACGCAAGGAGAGAGAGAGAAAGACGGCGUGAGAGAGAAAGAGGGCACGAGCCAGAAAACGAGAGAGGAAGGGAGCGUGAAAAGAGUGGCAGCAGGGAUAGAGAUGAACACGACAGGGAAAGGAUGCGCGAUAGGAGGAGGGUUAGAUGAGUUUUUUUUUUUUACUUCAAAAAUUGCCAACUUUAGUUCGGUUUGGUGCAGUAUUGAAUGGAGUUUGACUUUUUUUCUAGUUAAAAAGUGCAUGUAUUGUGUGCCAUCUAGUGGUGGAUCCUUUUGUUAGCAAACUGUUUUGGAGGAUGAAUGUGUUGUAUUUGUUGAUGAACGAUCUGUUAUAGCUUUGUUUUGAACUUAUUACUGAAGUGUUUCUAAUACUGAAAACAGCUUUCACGAGUUUUCAUCAUCA